CUAUUAUCGGAGAGCUUGACUUCGUCGUCCCUCCGCGAUGGCGUAGCGAUUCUUGUAAGUAAUCUCAAUCCGGGAGCACAGGAAUUCUCCCCGCGGCCCAUCGGCAUUGCCAGGAUUUUCUCCGGAAGCUCUCGGUUUUAUGAGGAUUUCCAGCUCCCGGGGAUGGAGCAGCCACUUCUCGGCAGCCAGCGCCGACCAUUCUCCUUGCACCGGCUAGUGGUGGAAGAUGAAGCAGCGGCUCCGGGGGAAGUGGCAAUCCCGAUCACACCUCUGGCAUUCAAGGAGAAGCUGGUCUAUGGAUCGCUGGAGAGCCCCGCAGGGUUCUAUCUCCCCAGGCUUUUCAACGCUUGCGAGGGCCAAGACGAGACAGAGGAUUUCUUGAGCCAGGGAGGGUCUCGGCGAGCAUAUAAUCUAUACCCAACCGCGGAGGAAAAACAAUGGAUGCUUUACUCGAGCAAGAACGGGGAUGAUGAACAGGAGGAGGAGACGCCGAUGGAGAGAAGGGGCUCUUCUUUUUUCGGUGGCGGUGACGAAACCACUGGACUGCUUGCUACUCUCUCGGGAUUAUCCAGCGAGUGCUCCGAGACUUUGGAGAAGCUGCCUGACGCCAAGGAAUGCGAUCAUCCGGGGUUUCCUGUGAAGAGGAAGUACUUGAAAAAAUCGCGGACAGCGCCAGCGCUCAACGUAAACUACUCCAAGCGGGACAAGUCGAAGAAGCUCACGAGGCCAAAGCUGGAGAGCGCCACGACCGUGGUGGUGCAAGCUAGCAUCGGGCUCAUGAUCUAUCUCGCUAUCGGGGUCGCGAUCUACGUGUGGAGGACGGACGACUUCUCAGGAUCUUCGACGUAUCCAGUCAUCGACGCGCUCUACUUUUGCAUCGUGACGAUGUGUACCAUCGGCUACGGCGACAUCACCCCGACCUCUCCAUCGGCGAAGCUCUUCGCGUGCUUCUUCGUGCUCGUUGGUUUCGGCUUCAUCGACAUACUCCUGAGUGGAAUGGUGGCCUACGUUCUCGAGCGGCAAGAACACCUCCUUCUCAGUGCUGUGGAGGGGAGUCACCACGAGACGGCCAAGAACUAUGUGGUGAACACGGAGAAGGGGAGGAUGAGAAUCCGGAUGAAAGUCGGCCUAGCGCUCGGGGUCGUGUUCUUCUGCCUCGCGAUCGGGACUCUCUUCAUGCACUGGAUGGAGGAGCUCGGGUGGCUUGACUCGUUCUAUCUCUCCACCAUGUCCGUGACGACGGUUGGCUACGGGGAUCACACGUUCAAGACUUUCAAAGGCAGGCUUUUUGCUGCGGGGUGGUUGCUCGUGAGCACUCUGGCGGUUGCUCGGUCGUUUCUGUUUCUAGCCGAGGCGAGGAUCGAUAAGAGGAACCGAUUGAUCGCAAAGUGGGUGCUGCACAGGGAGAUGACGGUGGCGGAUCUAGUUGCUGCGGACAUGGACAACAACGGCUUCGUCACGAAGUCCGAGUAUGUGAUAUACAAGCUCAAGGAGAUGGGGAAGAUCAGUGAGAAGGAGAUCAUGGACGUGUGUAGGCAGUUCAACGUCCUAGACAAGGAUUGCUCCGGAAGAAUCACGCUCUCUUGUCUGGUCAACGAAGAGAGCACUGUACGAUGAGAGACUAGUGCUAGAAGUGAAAGUGUAUAUAAGAGAGUCAGCAUCAAGAGUAAAGGAAAGUCACUCUUGUGUAAUUGCCGAGAUCAUCGCUCUCGAUGAAGAUCACGGCGAAGAUCGCAGCGAA